AUGAACGACACCACCACCCCCACCACAGCGAUUCCAAUCAGCAACCCGAAUGCGCCAACACAGAACGAUGCAUUGAACUCCACCCAAGACAACACUUCACUCUUCUCCUCGUCGCUGAUUUCAGCUGAAGUAUCGUCUCGCUUGCCAGAGGGGUACUCGAUACGGCCACUACGAAGGAGUGAUUACAAUGGCGGUUUCCUCCCUACGUUAAAGGUAUUGACGACCGUUGGCGACAUCUCUGAGGAAGCAUUCACUACCCGCUACGAUUUCAUGGCCACUCGCAAUGACACUUACUAUAUCCUGGUGGUCUGCGAUGAAAACAAUACCGUGGUCGGAACCGGUGCUGUCGUUGUGGAGCGCAAAUUCAUACAUAAUCUUGGCAUGGUAGGCCAUAUUGAAGACAUUGCCGUGGCCAAGAACCAGCAAGGCAAGAAACUUGGUCUAAGAAUCAUACAAGCAUUGGAUUACGUGGCAGAAAAAGUAGGCUGCUACAAGAGCAUCCUGGACUGCAGCGAGGCCAACGAGGGUUUCUACGUGAAAUGUGGGUUCAAAAGAGCAGGAUUGGAAAUGGCACACUAUUACGAGCAGUCGCCCAGCACCAGCUAA